UUUUCUAUGUUAACUCAGGAGAUGUAUGGCCAUCAAACCCCACUUAAGGCUGGUUGAUGAUCUAAUCAAAAGGUAAGUUCAAAUCUGGCAGAAAGAGAAAUGAUCCAGUACACUGAGAGCACUAUAAGUUAUGGUGCUCCGAGUUGCAUCAGUUCACUUAGUCAAUUGAUUGAUCUGAAAUGUCCAUUAAGUUCAGAAGACAUUUCAUGGUCUGCCAUGCAAAAAUUUACAGAUUGGAUAUUUCAAUCAAUACUUGACUGGGCCUUAUUUUUCUAUAGCCAUCCUUUUUCCAAGCCAUGGAUUGGAUGAUUACAAUUGCAUAACAGAAGCAAUUCUUUACAAUCAUGAGCAAUCCCCGAGGGUUCCUGAGAAAUAGAUGGAUCAAAUUGUUAUAAGACCUAUUUUUGUGAAAAUGAUCCUGCCCGUCCAUAUUAAAGGGCAUUGAUAGCUGUGAUCCUUGCAUGCUGGCUCUUGAAGUGUGCAUUGGACCUAAUGAACAAUCUUGAUCAGUGGAUUGGACUGUUUUAAGUAUCCCAAUGCAACUUGGAGCACUAUAACUUACAGUACUUUUGAGUGUACUGUAGCAUUUCUAUCCUUGAAAGCCCACACCACACCAAUUAAAAUUGAAAGAUAUCAAUGAAAGUAUUAUAUUGUUAGAAAAGCUAAGGGAAACGUGAUGUCAUACCCAUAAAAAGGAUAUGAAAAAAUCAAUCCUAACCAACUUUAGAAGCGAAGUUAGGUGUAGUUCUAAAGCUUUAGACUCUUCUAAGUUCCCUUGCACGCAACCCAUUUUCUCCUUUAAAGCAUUGGCCAGUUUGUUGAUCUUUGCUGUUUCAAAUAGGACAAAAAGUAGCAUAUUAGAUGGAAAGAAGAAAUUCUCCCACUCAGAGAAGCAUAUAUACUUCAUAACCAUCUCUUUAUUCUUAUUUCUCAUUGAAUCCCUCUUCUUAACACUACCAUCUCUCUCUACCCAUGGGAAACUGCCUUAAACUUUUUGGAAAGGUGCCUCUCUCCAAUAAAAAAGAAGUUUUGCCCAUUGAGACAACAUUCAGGCUGCCAUCAUCAAUACCAUCAUGGCCAUCAGGUGUGGGAUUUGCAACUGGUAGCAUAAAACUAGGAGAAUUAGAGUUGUAUCAGGUCUCUACCUUCACUAAGGUUUGGGCCACACAUGAAGGUGGACAGGACAAUCUUGGUGCCACAUUCUUCAAACCUUCACCUGUACCUGCCGGAUAUUUCAUGCUAGGUUGCUAUUGCCAGCCCAACAACAAACCUCUUUUUGGGUGGGUCCUUGUUGGGAAAGAUGGCAGUGAUGCUCUCGCAAAGCCCAUUGAUUACACACUUGUUUGGAGCAGCGAAUCUACGACAAUUAAGCAAGAUGGUUAUGGCUAUAUUUGGCUACCGACACCACCACAAGGUUAUGUAGCUGUUGGUCACAUGGUCACAAGCUCGUCCGACAAACCAUCCCUUGACGAAAUCCGAUGUGUCCGUUCCGACCUCACUGAUGCAUGCGAGAAUGACACAUGGAUAUGGGGGGCCGAUAAGUCGAAUAACUCAAGUGGGGUGAAUGUCUAUGGUUCGAGGCCCACCACCAGGGGGAUCCAAGCCCUUGGUGUUAGUGUAGGUACAUUCAUAGCCCAUGUGAAUGGGGACACUUCACCAAUAUCCUUGGCUUGUUUGAAGAACAAGGAUUUUAGCUUAUCUUACAUGCCUAACCUCAGCCAAAUUGAGGCACUGAUGCAAGCUUACUCUCCAUGGAUCUACUUGCAUCCUGAUGAGUCCUACCUCCCCUCCUCAGUCAGCUGGUUCUUCAGCAAUGGAGCUCUCCUCUACAAACAAGGAGGCUCGGCCCCUACCCCAAUCGACCCAACUGGCUCAAACCUUCCCCAAGACGGUUCGAAUGAUGGAACAUACUGGUUAGAUCUUCCCAUCGACGAUGGGGCCAAAGAAAAGGUUAAAAGAGGAGACAUACAGAGCGCCGAGUGUUAUUUACAUGUGAAACCAAUGCUAGGCGGGACAUUCACUGAUAUCGCGAUCUGGGUCUUUUAUCCUUUCAAUGGGCCAUCAAAGGCCAAGGUGGAAUUUAUAAAUGUAUCACUUGGGAAGAUAGGGGAACAUGUGGGUGAUUGGGAGCAUGUGACAUUGAGGGUGAGUAACUUCAAUGGAGAGCUUUGGAGGGUGUAUUUCUCAGAACAUAGCGGUGGAAGGUGGAUGGAUGCAUCAGAGCUAGAGUUCCAAGCAGGAAACAAAGCUGCAACAUAUGCAUCAUUGCAUGGCCAUGCUUUCUAUCCUAAGCCAGGGCUUGUGCUGCAAGGGAAUACCAAGCUGGGCAUAGGUAUAAGGAAUGACACUGCUAAAGGGAAGAUUGGCAUGGACACCGGCCGGCGGUUCUUGUUGGUGGCUGCUGAUCACUUGGGUUCGGUUGUUGGACCACCGUGGCUCAGUUAUGCAAGGGAGUGGGGCCCAAAGGUUGACUAUGAUGUGGCAAGCGAGAUACGUAAGGUGGGGAAACUGCUUCCUCGCAAGCUCAAGUCUGCAUUGGAGAAAUUGGUUAAUGAUCUUCCUAAGGAAGUGUUAGGGGAAGAAGGGCCUACUGGCCCCAAGAUGAAAGGAAAUUGGAAUGGAGAUGAAGUUUGAUUGCAAGUAGGAGAUUUGAAUUUGAACCAUUGCAUGGUUUCUGAUGGGAUGAUGGAUGUGGGUCAUGUGCUAGGUCUUGUAAGAUGUAAGAUAGCUGUGUUUAUCAAUGCUUGAAUAUUAACCAC